GGAAGUAAGGAUAAUUCCCAAAGAUGGCGGAGCAAGGUCCGAUGGCCAUAGCGAUGCGGCUACGAAACCAGCUACAGUCCGUCUACAAACUGGACCCACUGCGGAACGAGGAGGAGGUGAAGUUGAAGAUCAAGGACCUGAACGAACAUAUCGUCUGCUACCUGUGCGCCGGUUACUUCAUAGAUGCAACAACAAUAACGGAGUGUUUGCACACCUUCUGUAAAAGUUGUAUUGUGAAGUACCUGCAAACGAGCAAGUACUGUCCCAUGUGCAACAUCAAAAUUCAUGAAACGCAGCCUUUACUCAACCUCAAACUGGAUCGAGUGAUGCAGGAUAUCGUCUACAAACUGGUGCCUGGACUGCAAGAAAGUGAAGACAAAAGAAUAAAGGAAUUUUAUCAGUCGCGUGGGUUAGAGAGAGUCAUCCAACCGUCUGGAGACGACGCUGUACCCGAUGCCACAGGUUUACCGUACACAAGCUUCGACCAUUCAAAAGCACACUUCUACAGAUAUGAUGAGCAGGUGUCACUCUGUUUAGAAAGACUAAGUUCAUCGCUUGCUGGAAAAGACAAGACGAAACUCACGCUCCAGCAGAAGUUUGUCCGCUGUUCGGUCCGAGCGGAGGUGAGACACCUACGGAAAGUCCUCUGUCAUCGACUAAACGUGGAGAAACACCAGGUCCAGAUGUUGUUCAAUAACGAGUCUCUGCCCGAUCACAUGACCAUGAAGCGGUUAUGGCUCUCACACUGGUUUGGAAAGGCCCAGCCGUUAGUGCUUCACUACACCAUCAAGGACAAGCGGAGCAGAUAGGACUUGUUUUCACUCGGGGGGUCGGCUGUACAUAUUUUGUACUAUACAUAUUCUAUUUUAAUAGUGUUUGUGUACAUAUACUUAUUUUCCUUGUUUUGUAUUUUUGAAAAUAAAUUUAAAUUUGAAAUAAUAA